AUGACAAGCAACACGAACCCCCGGAAGCGAGGCACCGACCAGCCAGACAAACUCCCUGAUCCGAAGAAGUUGAGGCGGGCCAUGGCCGACAGACCCAGCCGCCUUUAUAAGAAGAUCACGGUUAUUGUCGGCGAUGAGGACUCAUUUACCGUCGAUAAGAGUACUCUUCUCACUAGCUCCGAGUUCUUCAAGAAAAUAUUGGGAACGUCGCUCAAGACCAACGGUCCAGAAGAAGUUGAUCUGCCAGACGUUGAACCCCGAGCUUUUGGAAUUUACCUUGGGUGGCUUGAAACCGGCUACUUCUACAUCACAGAGGAAAACGAUCUCAUCAAUUCUCUCAUUUCGGAUGACUUUGGUAGCAUUAGGGACGACGAGUGUACUAAGUGGAAUGAGUGCUACACGCUUGGCCACGAAAUACAGGACUGUGGCUUCCAGGACGCCUGCAUCGACUGGAUUCUAGAGAAGAUGAUAUCCGAAGAUAUGAUCAUGCUUCAUGUACCUCUUGCGGUAUAUGAAAUUGGUGGUAAAAUUCCAGCGCAUCGAAAGUUUGCCGUUGAUGGCGUCGCUCACUUUUGGAAUGAUGGCGAUUUCGAAAAGUUAGAAGACGACAAAUUCCCUCCUAAGUUCAUCUUAGAUCUCGCAAAGUAUAUGGGGUCAAAUAUGAGGCACAAACACGUCGCGGCUGAAGAUGAUGAGAAAUUCUUCGAGAACGUCGGCUGCAAGUAUCAUGCGCAUGUUGCUCUCAACAAGCCUUGCUACAAGAAGACUCAUCCAGCCUACAAGUAA